AUGUCGCGCUAUCCUCAUAAUACUGGGUUCAAGCCUGCCAUGCCCGAACACCGCCAACAGCGCUUCUCAAAGCGUGUGGGCGAUGCCGCCACUAUCAAGUCCUCCGAUAAUCGCAUAUUCUAUAUCGACCGAGAUUGGCUCGCUCGCAAUGCGGUCGGUCUCCUCGACCAAGUCUCAGGACCCGUCACCUUUCUCGGCGAGGAUUCGGACACGCUUGAGCUCCUCUUCCGCAUCGUAUAUCAAGAAAAAGGCGUACGCGUGGACAACCUGUCGUUCCAGCGGCUCCUUCUGCUGGCUGAGGCAGCGGAGAGGUACGGGGCGUUCGCUGCGUCGGAGAAAUGCUGCGCGAGUAUGAAAUCCCAUAGCAAGGGCCACGCGCUGGAGGUCAUGAAAUAUGCUGCAAAAUACAGAUAUCCCGACGUCCUCGACGCCGCCGCUGAGUCCUCCGUCGGGUUGAGCCUCGUGAGCGUUAGCCAUGUGCUCCCUGCCAAUGAGCGCGAGUUCACAGCAUGGAUCUUCUACACCGACCAGUAUAGCAAUCUCAUGCGGCAGAUGACCCAAUCUCAAUACGCCAGCUGCGUCUGCGCCUCCUGCGUGGAGAAGGUCGCCUACAUGGCCAUGCUGCGGGGUCCGGGGGUCCUUGUGCAUCUUGACGACCUGUUCUCGCAAUCGCUUUACAUGGAGAACAUGUACUGCACGCGACAGCUUCCAGUCGCCCUUGCAAGUAUCAUUCAGCACAUCUCCGCAGAUGAUUCCGCGAUGCUCCACCAGCUCUUCCAAGGGCUCUACCACGGCGGUUUGCAAGCGUUACGGAACUACGACGAUGUUCCCUUCAGGUCCAGCGAUGGCACAAUAUUUUAUCUGAACCGCAAGCGCGUGGGCCGCAAUACCAAGAACCUUCUGCAGCGCCCUAGAGGGGAAGCCACCUUGCUCGACGAAGAUGCAGUCACGCUCGAGUGUCUGUUCCGCAUCGUCGACGAGGAGAAGUGCGUGCAGUUGGAGCUCCUGCCGUUCCCGCAGCUCCUAUUGUUGGCUGAAGCAGCGGAGAAGUAUGGAGCGUACGCGGCGUCGAUGCUAUGCUGCUCGGCCAUGAAGAAAGACCAUGCGUUGAAGGUCAUGGCCUACGCUGCGCGAUACGGACACACCGACGUCCUCGAUGCCGCCGCGCCAUUUUCCUUCGGCUUGAAGCCUGCGGAGGUACGCCGCAUGCUACCCAACGCGCACUUCGAAGCCUGGGGCAUGUAUAUCAAACAGCACCAGCACAGGAGGGUCGUGUGUCCUUUGGUUCACUGGCAAUCCAGAUACUCGGCCUGCGCAUGCGUCCACGACGCGUUCAAGGUUGCUUGCAAUGCAGUGUUGAGCGAGAUGUAUGGCCAGGUGCAGCCCGAGGACUUGUGCCCAAAUCAGAUAUGGCAGUCGGGGAGAUACGGGUACAAGGAUAAGACGAGUGCUAAGGGUGCCAGUAAUGGGUAG